AUGACCACCAGGGAGCUCUUAGUGGUAAUCCUAAAUCACACCAACGAGGAGCUCGACCUCGAGCCCGAAUCCCCCAGUCUCGACCAUGGCCAUUGGAUGGACACGCCAGAUUCACGGCCACCGCCGGAGAUCCUGGCGGGAGAGAGCGGCAUGUUGCGCUGCAAGUCGAGCCACGUGGGCGUCGGGGUUGGAGGGUCUGUCACAUACGGAAUCGUUGGCUAUGGAGCGAACAACAAGGUGACAUUCGUAUGGAACGUACCGUAUGUCGGACCAAAUAGGUUCGACUGCAGUUGCGCGGUAGACGCUUUUACAGUCAGAGUCUUGGGUGGGCGGGGAACCCAGCCUGUUGUUGUCUUCGUAUUAGAACCAGCGCGGACUCCGAAGUCGGGUUAUAAUGUGGUUGGGGCUGUCACCGAGGGUCCCGUGGAGUGCGCCGAGGCUCCAAUAAGUAGUUUGCCCCAGAGUUAA